AUGCAAAAGAAAGUGGAUGCCGUUUUGGACCAGUAUUUGGCGGCAGGGCUCAUUCAACAUUCCACAUCUCCGUGGGCUUCUCGUUUAGUUGUCAUCCCCAAGGAGGACGGAUCUGUUCGCAUCACCGUCAGCUACAAACGUCUCAACGCUCUGGUGGAUUUGGAUGGACAACCUCUCCAUCGAGUGGACGUUAUCUUGGAUUCUCUGUACACCGGGAAAGUGUUCUCCAUCUUCGACCUCAACUCGGCUUUCCACCAGAUCGUUUGUGAUGAAGACACUGUCCCGCUCACCGCCUUUUGCACUCCCACGCAGUUGUUCGAAUGGCUUCGGAUGCCGCAGGGCGCCAACGCAAGUCCGUCUUGGUUCGUCAAGGUCAUCAACAGAGUGGUGCACGGUCUGGAGCGUGUGCUUGCUUAUCUGGACGAUGUCAUCUGUUUCGAUGAGGAACCUCUGGGACACGUGCUGAACUUGAUCGAGUUCUUCAAACGACUGCGACAGUACAACCUCAAACUGUCUCCAGGGAAGGCUCGCGUCGGCGCCACGCACGCCAACUUUCUCGGUCACACCAUCUCUCCGGCAGGUGUUAGCCCUGAUGGCGUCAAGGUUAGGGCGCUCACGCACAUGCCGCCGCCGACGAAUGUUAAGCAGCUUCGGAGCCUUCUCGGUGGACUCAGUUACUACCGGAAAUUCCUCAAGAAUCUCGCCACCAAGGUGCGGCCUCUCAACUCACUUCUCAAACAAGGCGUCCCCUUGAAGUACACCCCGGGCAUGGUCAACGUUGUCAAAACGUUGUAA